CCGACUCUUCUUUAUUGUGGUUCCGUUGUUCCAGGCGUGAUGGGGGACACGAGGCCGAGGGCGUGGGAGGCGGGCGAGAGCUCGCGGGAUGCCAAGACUCCGCGGCUGGACUUGCUGGCUUCGGCGGCGUUGGGGCAGAACGAUCUGUCGGGCUGGGACGAAUGGCCGGAGGUGACCGGCGACAAUGAUCGGUGCGAUCACGUCCCCACUGACAGUGCUCACAAGGAGAUUCUGGAUUCAUCUCUGCUAUCCGAUGACGCAGGGAAGUGUGCGGAUUGCCAGCGCGAGGAGGAGCCUGGUAAAUGCCGGCCUGUGAAUAGCCGAAUCUUGGUGUGCCUGGGAUGCGGCCGGCAAUCCUGCGGGGAUUCAGAGAAUUAUCUCCCAUAUGGGCAUGCUCAGGAUCACGCCAAGCAUGAGCAGCAUUGGGUUGCUGCGAUGUUCGCUGAUCCACAAGCUGGAUUCUGCUUCAAGUGUGGAACUGAAGUGUCUGUGUAUCCAGAGCCGGAUGAAAUGUCAGGCGAAAUUCAGGCAGGUGGUCAUGCGUUUGGAUUUGAUGCGCACUCCGGUCCUGUCAAUGGAUUACUGAAUAUCGGGUACACAUGGCAAGGCCAUGAGUUCGGAUCAGCUAAUGUGCAAGGCUAUGCUAUCAGAGGGAUACCGAAUCGCGGGAGCACCUGCUACGUGAAUGCAAUAGUGCAGUGCCUCCUUGUGCUUGAUAAGCUGCGGGCAAGGAUGUUAGGACCGGAUGCUCCGCCAGGUCAACUUGGACUAGCACUGAUGGAGCUUUUUGUGGAGACAUGUGUGGAAGAUGCUGUGGUAGGCAUGCUGAACCCAGAUAAACUCUUGAGAAGGGUACGCUUGCAUACUGACAGGUUCGAAGCCUAUAGAAUGCACGACAGCCAUGAACUGCUUGACUCCUUGCGUAGUGCUUUGCAUAGCGAGGAAAAUGAAAUUGAGACUCCUAACAGGCAAAGCGGUGCUGGUACAGUAAUUGAUUCCAUUUUCAGGGGUGAAAUCUCUUAUACACGGUCCUGCAUUUGUUGUGGAUCUAGUCUGGUUUUACGCGAUCAGUUCUGUGAGCUCUCACUGCCCCUGCCAUCAAAGGAGCAUCCAUCCAGAAGUGCUGCAGCACCACAAACAAGCGAGUCUCUCAAAUCUGAACCAAAGAAAGCUGCUGCACAACUAAUUCCAGCAAAUGAGAAGAGUACCUCGGAAAAAAUCCAAGAAGUUGCCAAAAGCGGUGAUUCUCAUAUUCUUGGUUCAGAAUUGAAAGAUGUCGUCGUGGAGAAAACACCUGAGCCUUUGGAAGUUGAUUCUUGUGAAGCGCAAUGUAUCUGGCAAAGCAAGGAUGUUCUACAGGAUCCUUUGGAGACUGUGGAGGAUAAAGUCUCAUGUUCUGAACUUUCACGAGGGAUCAUUGAAGCGCCACCAAAAUCUGUUAGUUUUGUUCCGCAGAGCUUGUCUAGUGUCAAAGUUGAGCAAGUGAUUGAGAUGACAGCAGAUUCCCACAGUCCAGAAGAUAUGGUUCCACUUCCACUUAUUGCUCCACUAAGUGAAAACGGUGCACCAAUGGCAUUAGGCAGUUCUGUAGAUCAAAAUGGAAAUGCUGAUCCUGGCGAUCUAUUGAAUCAGCUGGAAGUUAGUAUACAAGCCAAGGAGAACACUUACACAGGACAAUUAACUGCAGAACACAAAGGAAAUGCUCGGAGUAGAGAUGCUGUACAUGAUAAGGUGGUAGGGGUUAGCAAUAUUGUACCAUCAAUUGAGGACUGUCUAUCACUGUUUUUUAAAGAACAGGUAGUAACACGGAAUUGUGAUGAUUGUCCCAAGGUUAUUGAGGAGCCAAGUACCAACCAAAGCGAAAAUGGUGGGCAGAUGAUGGCAAGUACCACUGAUAGCACAGCAGUUGAUGGGAAUCUGACUGAACAGUCAGACAGGUUAACAUGCCAAAUUGGGCAAUCUAUUGAGCCUUCGUCAGUAGAAUGCAAAUCUUCUUCAAGUAGGCAACCAGAUGAUUCUGAUGCAAAGAGUGAAAUUAUACAAACAGAAGAAGCUGUUACAGAAAGAAUAAGUUCUGGGAUGAGUUAUGGUGAUAAAGAAAUUGAAUGUCAUGAAGGUAUUCAAGAAGCUGUAAGUAGUUGCCUUCCAGCUGAGAAACAGACCGAUCUGUUGAGCUCUGAGCAUAGUCAAAAUCUUAGCACGCCAAAUCAGGACAAGAGUAAGCGAGUCGGGGUGGAUCUUAGUGCAAGCCAGUUAGGAGAUAGCCAAAACGAACAGAAAGAGAGGAGUGGAUGUGCUAUUGAAACACCUUGUAUUACCAAGCUGCCAUCUGUAUUAACUCUUCAUCUUAAGAGGUACAUCAAGUGUGGCAAUGCCCAUCAUAAAAAUGAAGCACAUGUGAGCUAUAAGGAGUACCUUGAUGUACAGCGAUUCAUGGACCCCAGCUCCGUGGACAAAGAUAAAUCUUUGUAUCAGCUAGCUGGUGUAGUGGAGCACUGUGGACCGUCCAUGAAUGCCGGACACUAUGUUGCUUACGUAAGAGCAAGGAGGCUUGGAAAUCAUGAACAGCAGAGCACCUGCUCUUCCUCAUGGUUUUGUGCGGACGAUGGUCACAUCAGAUAUGUCACUCUAGAAGAUGUUCUCAAGCGUGAGGCAUACAUUCUUUUCUAUGAGAAGAUGGAAGGCUAAGACAUGGCUAGCGUAAGAUCUGACACACCUCAUCAAAUAACAGUCGCGAAAACAUGCAGAUGAAUGAGAUUAGCUUGCCUGCUUUGAUUGGCAAUGAUUCAGUUAGUCAGUUAGUGUACAUGUUAGGCUCUGAUCAAGUCCAUUUUUGUUGUAGGAGGUCAAACUGACUGAAACUUGUACGCAGUUAGAGUUUUUUGGCUGAUCUGGUCAGGCUGAUUCAUAUCCCAUUACCGCUGCCUGUUAGUGGGAUCAGACUAUGAAUGGAAAGGAACAUAUGGCAUUGAUCUGAUUGGUGAAUUGAUCGUACUGGUCUUGUAAGAGGUUGUGUGGGGUGGUGGUACUGUUACAUGAUAAUGGUUUACAAUAAUGGAAAGUUUAGGAGUAUUCCUUGAUGCGUUGAACUUUGCUA